AUGGCAAAGUUAUUAAAAAUCUGGUUCUACAGCUUCAUCACAAUCAUAUCAUUGUUACCCGACAUUAAAAAAGUUACGUGUAACGACAACUCUACUGUUGCAACAGCUAAAAAAUUACCUGCUGACAACACUAAAGUUCACUACAUUGUUACAACUUCACAUGCAAGAACGACAUCAGUUCCAGUCGUUCGCUUGUCACCAGCAACUACAACAACAACAGUGAGGACUACAACAGCUGCACUGGCAAGGACAACGCAACAGACUUCUGAGCUUUCAUGUUCCUCCGUUAAAAAGUGGUGGCUCAGUAAAGGAAUCGACAAGAAACAUGUUUCUGACCAUUCUUUGAAAAAUGACAGUCAUCUUGGCACGUGCAUGCGAGGAGGAGGUCUUCGAACAUGUUGUACGCAAGUCAUGGAACACAAACUGGAACAAAUCGCUCGCCAACAACUCAACACCACAAUAUUCAAACAUCAAGUUGAACGACUGAAAGAUUCAUUCAGUGAAAAAGCCAUUGCUCUCUUUGGUGAGUUCACUUUUAAUUAA